AAAAAGUUCAUUUUGUCCUUUUUGAUUCUGUUAACAUUCUGUUGAUAUUUCCAAUGGUCUUCUGCUUUGUUUUAACCAAACAUUGUGGAUUUAGUUCCAAGAAGGAAUGCACUACAAACUAUUAGAAUCUUCUUUUCUACUAUCAUUAUACUUGAUGAAAAGUUUUGUCUCAUUAUAUGUCCCAUUCUCUACUUUUGAAGAACUAUAUUUCUGUUCCAAAAUGCUUUUUUCAGAAAGGUUCAUGGACUUGAUCAGUUUUGGACCUGGGUGUUUUCCCCUGAUGUUGGUAUUGAUAAUUACUAUGUGCAAUCUUUCAGAUUGCUAUGAUCCUCUGGAUCCUAUUGGAAAUAUAUCAGUUACGUAUGACAUUGUUAGAUGGACAGAAGAUGGUUACCAGGCAAGGAUAACCAUUCAAAACUACUACCAGUAUAGACACAUUGAGAAACCGGGCUGGCAACUAGGGUGGACAUGGGCAGCUAAUGAGGUUAUUUGGUCAAUGUCCGGUGCUUUUGCCACUCAACAAGGGAAUUGUUCAGCCUUCAAGUCCGAAAUUCCACAUUGUUGCAAGAAAAAUCCUAUUAUAGUAGACCUGGCGCCAGAAGCUCCACCAGAGAAAAGAUCAGAUGGUUGCUGUCAUGGUGGAUUUCUUGCUGCCUCAGCUAUCAAUCCUUCCAAUUCUUUUGCGUCCUUUGAGAUGAAAGUUGGAAACUUAGGGGGAAAUUAUAUAGUUCACAGGCCUCUAAAUCUCACUCUAAUGGCUCCAAGACCUGGUUAUACUUGUGAUGAAUAUGUGGACACAGAUCCAACAACAUCUUCGGUUAUAGAAGGACAAAGACAAGAACAAGUAAUCAGGACAUGGAAAUCAACAUGCACCUACUCAACUUUCUUGGCCAAUAAAUCGCCGAACUGUUGUGUUUCUCUUUCAACAUUUUACAAUCCUGAGGUGACACCAUGCAAUUUAUGUAGCUGUGGAUGUAAAUUAGCUGACAAUGAGGCAAAAUCAUGCAUUGGACAAAGUUCGUCAUCACCAUAUGAGCGCGAGUUACUUCAGUGCACUGAUCAUAUGUGUCCACUUCGGGUUCACUGGCAUAUUAAGAAGAAUUACAGGAAUUAUUGGAGGGUGAAACUCACUGUUUCCAAUUACAACUUAGGUAAAAACUAUUCGAACUGGAAUGUGGUAGUCCAACAUCCUGGUUUUAGCCAGCAGUCAACUGUCUUCAGCUUCAACAAUACAAUGCUCCCUACCGUUGGUGUUCCAGAUGAAGUUGCACUCUUUUGGGGUUUAGACUUCUACAACGACGCUUUGUUGCAAGCUGAAGAGAAGCAAGUGGGAUCUGUGGCGACAGAGAUACUUUUACUAAAGGACAUGAGCUCAUUUACACUUAGUAAUGGAUGGGCAUUUCCAAGGAGAGUAUAUUUCAAUGGUGAGAACUGUGAAAUGCCUCUUCCACAGGCUUUCCCUAUGCUUCCAAAUAGUUGUUCAAAGGAAAAACGUUGUAGUAGCCAUCUCUCUGUUCUACUGUCGAUAUAUUUGAUUUACAAAACACUUAAUUUCUGGUCCUAGAUCAAGAUUUUGCAUCUUCCACCUUAACAUUACCUUCAUCUCACCUCAUUGCUCCUAUUUGAUAUGCCGAAGGUGAGAAAUCAUCAAUCAAAGUAAAUGCAGCUUCCUUGGCUUAAAAGACGGAACCUUAUUGAAGUGUUAUUCCAUUUUUUGGCUCUUGGGUAGAAUUCCAAAACUAUGGACCAUGGUAACAUUAUUGGUUUGAGACCUUUGACAUAUGAUUAACUAGUACAUGCUUGCUCACAAAUGUAUUCAAGAAUACCAAUGAACAAGGGGGAACAUUGGUUGUAAUUGGCUCCAGUUCUUAUUGCUAUUCCGUCCUAUUUUAGACAAAUUCCAACCUCUCUCAUGUGUUUCUUUA